AUUGGAUGGAAGCCCCCCCCCCCUGAGGGAUGGGUACAAAUCCAAACUGAUGGGUCUAUCCUCUCUCCCUCGGGAAGUGCAGCCGCUGGAGGGCUCAUCCGCGAUUGCCUAGGAAGAUGUCUUGUGGCCUUUGCAGGCAAUCUUGGGACCUGCUCAAUCACUGCAGCAGAGCUUAAAGGAGCAGUGGUGGGACUUCAGAUGGCCUGGGACAGAGGCCACCGUAAAGUUCAGCUGAAACUUGACUCUGCUACGGCGGUGGCCAUCAUCAAGACUGCGCAGAUGAUGAGCACAUACAUGGUCUCCUUGCGCAGCAUGCUUUCAAUCUUUUGA